AUGCAGGUGUUUCCCUGGGAGAACUGCAGCUCUGUGUCUGAGUUCAUCCUUCUGGGCUUCUCCAGGGAUUCCCGAACUAAUGUCAUCCUCUUCAGUCUCUUCCUCUCCCUCUACCUCUCCACACUCCUGGGCAAUGGACUCAUUGUCACCUUGAUCCACCUGGACUCCCGCCUCCACACACCCAUGUACUUCUUCCUCAGUGUCCUUUCCCUGCUGGACAUGAGCUAUGUCACCACCACUGUGCCCCAGAUGUUGGUGCAUCUGGUCUGCCAGAAGAAGACCAUUUCCUAUGUUGGGUGUGUGGCCCAGAUGUACAUCUUUCUGGUGUUGGGCAUCACUGAGGGAUGGCUGUUCUCUGUCAUGGCCUAUGAUAGGUAUGUAGCCAUCUGCUCUCCACUCAGGUACAAGGUUAUCAUGAGCCCUUGGCUGUGUGGGGCAAUGGUCAUCUUUUGUGGACUAUGGGGUGUCAGCUGUUCCCUAGUCUACACUGUCUUCACCAUGCGCCUGCCCUACUGUGGCCCCAAUGAGAUCAACCACUUCUUCUGUGAGGUGCCUGCUGUUCUGAAGUUGGCCUGUGCAGACACAUCCCUCAAUGACAGAGUAGAUUUCAUCCUGGGCUUCAUCCUUCUCCUGAUACCACUUUCCUUCAUUCUGGCUUCAUAUAUCCGUAUCUUCAUUGCAAUUCUAAGGAUUGGUUCCACCCAAGGGCGGAUCAAGGCCUUCUCCACCUGUGCAUCGCACAUCACUGUGGUCACCAUGUUCUGUGGACCUGCCAUGUUUAUGUACAUGAACCCUGGGGCCAAUGCUUCCCCAGAGCGGGACAAGAAACUGGCUCUGUUCUACAAUGUCAUCUCUGCCUUCCUCAACCCCAUUAUCUACAGCCUCAGAAACAAAGAUGUAAAGAGGGCUUUCCUCAAAGUAACAGGCUGGGGCAGGGUCCCUGAGUAA